GGGAGCGGGUGCGGUCGGUGUGGCGGGGGCGGCUGCUGGGGAUAGACGUGCAUGAGGGCGCCCUCAGCCUGGCUGAACGCCAAGCCCGCAAGGCCGGCGUGUACAGCAUGCUGGAGCUGACCCACGGCGACUGCGGGUCGGUGCAGCCCCCCGCCGUACCCCAACUGGUGGUGUGCAACCCGCCCUGGGGUGCCCGGCUGCUUGGAGGCAGUGGGGAGGUUGGGGGGCGUGGGGGCCGAGAUGGACGCGGCAGUCGCGACAGGCGAGGCAUGCAGGAGGCGGAGGAGGAGGCGGAGCGGUACAGGGGGGAGCAUGGCGGUGCAGGGGGUGUGGAUGUAGGGCGCCGGUGGCUGGAGCAGCAACAGCAGCGCCAAGGAGGGCACUCGGAGUUGUAUACGUGGAACUCGGCGUCCAGGUCCUUUGAGCUGUUCACUCCCUCUGCCGCCGCCGCUUCCUCUUCCUCUUCUGCUUCUUCGUCUCCAUCUUCCUCCUCUUCUUAUACCGGCACUUCGUCUGACGGGCCUUCUGGGUUUGCUGAGAGGGGUGGAGCGGGUGAUAGGGAGGCAGAGGAAGGAGGCGGCGAGGUGGAGGAGGACGUGGAGGAGGAGCAGGAGGAGCGUGGUGAGGGGGAGGCGGAGGAGGCGGCGUUGGAGGCGGCCUGGCGCAGUCUGGACGGCUUCCUCUAUCGGCAGUGUCCAGGCGCCUCUGCGUUCGUGCUGUCCGGCAACCCAGCGCCCUUCCGCCACCUGCGCCUGAAGCCGCAUGUGAAGCGGCGACUGGUGCUUAGUGGGGUGGAUGUGCGGGUUGCGGGCUAUCGCAUUCGGGACGCUGCUAGCCGAGCUGCUGCUGCUGCUGCCACCGCUGCUGCUGCUACCGCUGACAACACCGACACAGGUCCUUCAGCGGAUACUUCCACCUCUGAUGAGGCUAUCAGCCCCUCCACUGACGGCAGCAGCAGCAGCAGCAACCGCCGUCGCAGCAGCAGCAGCAGUAGCACCGGCAGCAGUGCCAGCAGUACGGAGACAGCAACUGUCGUAUCUGCUCGUUCUGCUCGAAGGGCCGCAGCAGCCUCCAAGGACAGCCUGUCUAGAACCUUCAGCAGUAGCCGCAGCGGUGGCGUCAGCUCUGGUGCAGCGGCUGAGCUAGCUGCAGCAACAGUACGAGCAGAUGCCUAUGCGGUGGAUGAGGGCUAUUGGGAGAGCGACUAGAUUGGGGGGCAUGAGCAAGUGGGGACUGAGCUAGGCACGACUCAAAAACCUGUCUUUCGAACGAGGAGGUGUGCAGGGCCACAAGUGCCGCAGAGAGGGGAGUAAGAGGAGAGCGUCUUGGAGGGAGCCUCCGGAGAAGAGGAGAGCGGGCAAGAGUAGGACAAAGCGCAUCAUGAACGGCUUGUUGGGCGUGUUAGCCGUGUUGUGCCCCGUUUGGUAUUGUGUGGAGGGUCAACGCAAGUUUGCCUCGGGGAGCCACUUGUCAGCGUUUCUGGAUGAGACGUGUGGCGCUUCGGAACGGAACUUGUGGUGUUGCUUCGCUGUGCUGGGACACAGCGAAUGAGUUUUGGAGUUGUGCGUCUGUGUUUUCCCAAGCUCUUGGCGCCUCGCUUGGAGCUCGAGUGGGACUGCAUACCGUGAGCGGCUUGUGAGGCCACCCCGCGUAGACCCCAAAUAUUUACUGCACACUCCCAACGCUGGGCAAUGCAUGCUGAGCAGACCUUGCUUGAACACCCAUGCUGGACACACAUCCGCAGGUGAGCUCCGGAAGAGCUGCGGCCGCACUUGGAGGCAGAUAGCACGUAGCCCCACGGUCCCAGUUAUACCUUUUUGGCGGCACGGUGGUGGCGGCAUAUGACGGCAUAGAGUGGGUGUUGAUGGAGUUAGUUGGAGUGUAUGUUGUUGUUGGUGGCGAGGUGCACGCAUGGUGAUACUCUCGGGGUGUUUGGCAGCUGUGGCAGGCGUGGAAUCCCCAGCCGGACACAUGAUAUACACGUCGCCAAUGAUGGCACCUGGCAGGCAAUGCUUCAGGGUCAUGCUCACGUCCUCCACAUGAGUCCUCGUGUCCUUCCUCAUCACAGCCGGCAACACUUCGGACUUGCACCAAACACUUCACUAAGCAAGAUAGC